UCUUUGGAUUUUUGGGGAGGAGGGGUAAGAGAGGGGGUAAGAGUGGAUAUAGUGAAGAGAGAGGACAGUUUAUGCUUCAGAAAGGCAUACUUUCAGGAGCAGGGACGUGGAGUUUUAUAAAGAUUCAGGAUAUUGAUAUGACGUCUCUAAAGGGGUUGAAGAAGCCGAAAAGUCCGGUUUCAUCGAGUGAUUUAACUCAUACUGCUGAUGAUUCAGAUAAAAGAAGCAAAGAUGAUGAAUUUGAGAUGCUUUCGAAUUUUUCUUUUGAUGAAAGCGAGCUAUUUGACGAAGAAGAUAAGUAUGUAAGCACCAAUCUUGCAAAAGAUAUCUGCAAGGAGACAAAUUUAAAUAAAAAUUCAAAACGCUCCUUUAAGACCAAGAUCAAGGCCAACAAAUAAAUUAUCCAGCUUUGAUAAAUAUUUUGAAAUUGAUACUAACCUCGCUGAAUUCAUUAAUGGAACUGAGAGCACACACUCAACUCGGCAAAUCGAGAUAGAUCAGUUCUUGGGUGAAAAGAUCCAUAAAACCAUAGACAAAAUAAAACAAAACAUCCAGAAGAUGACCAAGAUGGUGGAUCAAGGCGCGAAAAGGAUGGCAAAAGGAGAUUACAAAGUAAUGCUAGAAGCCAUGGAGAAAGCAAACUCCUCAAAUUCUCUUUGCAUCAAUGAACAGAGUUCAUCCAAAGCUAGAACAAAGAAAUUAAGCUCUUCUUCCAAAUCUUCAGAUAAGAAGCCUAAAAGAAGAAAACUUAACGAGACUUUCUCAGAACCUAAAAAUCAAAUUUGAAAAAAAAGCUCUGUCAAGAGUAAAAAGACAUAGGACGAUGACUAGUUGCUUGAAAGCAAAAUUUUAGGACAGAAUGGGAAAGAGCUUUAAGAUGCAAUGGUGAGGAAGACAUUCCUUUCCAGUUUUAUCUUGAACCUAACUCCAUUUAUAUUGUCUCA